CGAGCCUAGUCCAACCAUCAUAGAGCUCCGCGCUGGAUUCAAAACAGUGUGAGCGAGGUGGCGCCGAUUGUGGGAACGUUGACGACAUACUAUCUGUCUGGUGUCUGCCGCCAUGACUGCUGCUGCCGCCGCCCAGUCUGCCCUCCAGGCGGCCUCCCUGGCUGUGGCCGGCACCCCCACUGCCAGCGGCCGCCAGCGCAAGCCACGGGGUGGUGCCAAUUCCCGGGCGUCCUCCGAAGUGCUGGGCCUCGAACCGACCUCCCCCCGCCGCAGCAGCAGGAGGCUCCGGACGGGCGACCGUGACCCGGCAGCCGCUGCGAGUGUGGCGACGCAGAGCGUGGAUGUGAGCCACCACAGCCAGAAGGGGAGCGAGGUGAAUAAGGGCGAGGGCGAGCCAGCCAGUCUCAGAGCGGAGCCGCAGGCAACGGCUGCAGCAGAGGGCAAGGCGGAGAAGCCCCAGUGGUGGGGGCAGCGAGCACAGGGUAGUGUCGUGAAUGCUUUCAAGAAUCUAGGUGAUGCACUUGGGGGGGUGCGGGAAGGGGUGGCUGAGGGGGGUGGGGAAGAGGUGGCGGCACCGGAGCAGCUGACGACGCUGGGAGGGUGGUGGACGCACCCCGCCCGGCCAUAUGUGGUGUGGACGUUUCUUACGCUGCUGGGGCUCAGCCUGGCCUGGUCCCUGGUCCGCCCGUCUGCACCUUACCCUGGCGUCCCCGUCACUGGCGAGGCGGCAGUCCUGCUGCAGUCGCAGCUGAAGCGGCUGGAGGACACGGUGGGCAAGACAGUAGGGGGGCUCCAGGCGCAGGUGGACGUGCUGACGCGGCGGGACGAGGAGGCGGGCAAGAAAGCAAAGGGCAUGGAGAGCAGGCUGGAGGGGCAGCUCAAGAAGCUGGGCAGUGACAUGGCCGACGUGCGGACCAAGGUGUCAGGUGCGGAGGCGGUGCUGGCGAAGCUGUCGGUGGAGGGGGCGGUGGUGAGCCGGCAGGAGGUCCUGGCACUGGCCAAGUCCGUGGUCGAUCAGCGCGCAGGGGCGGGCAAGGGCGGGGUGCUGGACUUGGAAGAUGUCAGGGCAGCCGCGCGCAGAGUGGUCCUGGACGAGCUGGAGCGGCACAGUGCGGACCGUCUGGGCCGGCCCGACCACGCAGUGUACUCGAGUGGGGGCCGCGUGCUGGCGCACAGCGCGGCGUGGCACACCCCCGGCUUCGGGGGCCUGCUGAGUCAGCUGAAGCUGGGCCUGCACCCGCAGGCGCAGCGCGUGGUGCAGCCCAGCCACGGGGAGCCGGGGCACUGCCUGCCGCUCAAGGUGCUCGACGGCAGCUACGGCCACGUGGACGUCGCGCUGCGGACCAGCGUCGUCCCGGAGGCAAUCACGCUGGAACACGUGUCCAAGACCACAGCGUUCGACCUGUCUACCGCCCCCAAGGCGUUCCGCAUCUCGGGCUGGCACAACGAGCCGGCCAAGGCGGCCGAGCCUGAGGUUCUCGGAACUUUCGAGUACGACACCAGCGCAGACUACGCGGCGCAAAUGUUCACCGUCAAGCCGGGGCCGUCUGCCGGCAUGGCCGGAUACAACGUGGUGCGGCUGGAGGUGCUGUCCAACUACGGCAGCGAGGACUUCACGUGCAUAUACAGGUUGCGGGUGCACGGUAUCCCCCUCCGUGCCUAGCAGCGGGGCAGAGACAGCGGCACAAGGCGUUUCCAGAUGAUGCGAGCGGUUUAUGAGGACUGAGCGGCUUGUUGUUUGGCUCUAUCGAAUCUUAAAAAGGCAAUUCUUAGAAUAUUGCAACCCCUCAUCAGGGGCAAUAAUGCCAGAUGGAGGUAUCAGAGUACGGGAUCCGUGAUGAUAACCACUUAACAUGAGCAGUUCAAGACUCCUGGUGGCCAGGUUCCUGGACCACCCGGGAGGAGAAUGUGGAAGAACCAUUUUCACACAGUGAACGGUUUGAUGGACUCCACAUGUAAUUCUCCCCUUGCUCCAUGCAUGAUGCAAGGUUAGAUUUGAU